AUGCACAGUCAAGAGACACUCAAACUGUUUUGCGAGACCUGCGACGCCCUUACUUGCCGCUGCUGCCUUCUAACGGAGCACAAGGAACACAGGUACUAAAUAUUUAUUGUCCUUUGUUCUUAGUCUAGUGAUACAAGGAAGAGCCUAGUGAUUGAAAGGAUAAGGUUGCCCCACUUUAUUUUUCUAUCACAAUGUUUCUUCAGCUGUACAGAAGGUCACACAUCCCACUAUGCAAUGUAAACUUCCACUGUUUUCACAUGAUGCACUUACCACACCAUCCUGUCUUACCUAGAGGUAAGACCCAGAACAGAAUUGAAACCUUUCUUGGGAAAAAGUCUCAUAGUACUCAAUGGAGGUAACUUCCAAAUUAGUUUGGACAGGAUUGGGCUGUGAGCACAUUUUGUGUCCCAUUUUGAAUACUAUGAAAGUGGGAAAGAAUUUGGAGGAAGAACGGAAAGUAUAGGCCAAUGCAGGUUUUAGAUUAAUCUUUGGAGGUUAUUUGGAGCAAAGCUGAUUUCGACUUCACAUAUGAAGAUUAUUGUGGUUUCCUCAGUUCUUCAUCAAACACUUAUGCAAUUAAGUAGACAUUUGUGAUUAUGAAGGGAAGGUGAAGCAGUCUGUGUAGCCGUUACAAAUGAUAUUGUGUUUUUUGAUAGUUGUGGAAUAAACGUGAGUAAUAAAAAAACUAAUAAUGUGGUUCAGGAAACAGUUUUAGGAGAAGGCAGCUGUCAAAUAUGUACCCAGAUUUGCACACAGAAUCUGGUAGUCCAGGCCUUGACUGGGUGGUACAUAAAUAAUGAUGCCAAGACAGUAGAAAAGCUGCUGGGGUCUUCUGGAAAGUUUUUGGUUGACUGGACCUUAGGCAGAUCCACACCAUACAUUUAAAACACAUCCUAUAUAUGUUUAAAGUGCAUAACUUGCCCCAAAUAAUCCUGGGAAGUGUAGGUGCUGAGAACAGUAGCUCUGUUUGGGGAAAACUUCAGUUCCCAGGGUUCUUUGGGGGAGUCCAUGUGUUUUGGAUGUGUGUUGAAUGUGCUUUAAAUGUGUGCUGUAGAUCUGCCCUAUCUUCAAACAUACAUAUUUAACACUUCCUGACUGCAUCAUGUGUGACUUCCAUAUGUGAAGGAGCCAUCAUGGGUCAAACACCAAAGACAAAGGUGUCUCCUCCUUUCAGGCACUUUGUUGUUCAAUGGAGGCAGUUUGCAUUUUAGUGGUGUGUCAUUUAUGUGUUGAGUAGUCAAAUCUAGACAGUACAAGUGAUGUAUGAACCUGCCCACGUUGUCUGGUGCAGGGGUGGGGAACAUGUUUUGGCCUGAGGAUCACGUUCCCAUAUGGGCAAUCUGUCAGGGGCCACACGCCAGAGGCGCAAAUCCUCCUUGCGUUGGAUUUGAACCGAAGACUGCUCACUGUUAAUGUAUGAAUUUAUUAGUAGAAGAGUUAAAAAAAACACAAAAGGCUUCUCUUCUUUUCCUAGGUUCAGGCAUCUCCACGAAGCUUUACAAAACCAGAGAGCCAUCCUGGAAAAUGUGACGGCUAAAGUGGAAGAGAAGAAAAAUGGGGUGCAGGUCUCAGCCAAACAGAUUGAAGACAGGUAACUUUCAAGGACACAUUCUAGGCAAGGAAGAACAGAGACGGUUUGGCUGGGGACAGGAUACAAACACUUUACAAGGAACAGAAAGAGAGCCCGGGUGGCCUGGAUGGUUGCAUUUGGCCUCAGAUCUAAUGUUCCCACAAUAAGGCAGUCAGUGAUGUUUUUGAAGGUGGCCUAAGUAGGGACAUAACUGGGGCACAUCAUUUGAAGGAAAGGGGUGUGGCUUGCCUACUUGCUUCCCCCACCCCCACUUUUCUUUGAUUCCAUAUCUGGAGUGAUGAAGGGGAAAGUGUGCAGAACUCUCUGACCCUCUUGGGCAGAAAAGCAUGGGGUGUGUGCUUUUGCUGGAGAUAAACGCUUCAAAGAGAGGAGAUCUGACUACCAUGCUGUCUUGUUCUAGGUAUUCAGUAACAUGUGAAAGAGGUGGCCAGUUUGUCUAGCUGUGUUAGAUGGGAGGGCAAACAUCCUUUGGCGUUUUGCUAAAUUUACAGGCCAGUCUUGUGCAAGUUUGUUCAGAACUAUGUUCUGUUCAGUGGAUUGCAAUCCUAAAUUAUAGUAGCUUAGAAUAAUUAGUAGUUUAGAAAGAUUGAGGGCACAAGGAGAAGGGGACGACAGAGGACGAGAUGGUUGGACAGUGUUCUUGAAGCUACGAACAUGAGUUUGACCAAACUGCGGGAGGCAGUGGAAGACAGGAGUGCCUGGCGUGCUCUGGUCCAUGGGGUCACGAAGAGUCAGACAUGACUAAACGACUAAACAACAACAACAACAGAAUAAUGGCUAGGUUAUUCAGGGUUAGAUGCAGGAAAACUCAAUUCAAAUCUAAGCUCAAGUAAUGCUUGAGCAUAAAGAAUGCAAUAAUAAGUAUGCCCAAUAAGGAGUUGCCAAUAUUACAGCAGUUAGAAAGGUUUUUUUCUGUCUCCAAUGAUACAAGAAUAGCCACACCAAUUACCCCCAAUGAUAAAAUGCUGAGAACUUCAGUCUGACAACUUAGUAUACAUUAUAAAGGUUUUGCUAUAAUCUAUUAAUAAUGAACUAGACAAAUAUGAUUAUUGCUUUCUCAUGAAACCUGGCAAAUUUGCUAAAAUUAGGCACUGUUGAUUUGUCACCCUGAUUCAGCAAAACUCUUUUGGAAAGUCCUACGUUUGAAUCCAUGAAGCAUGUUUUUCAAGUUAGCAGUAGUGCACGCAAGCUUAGUAUCAUGAUAUUAGCCAGAUCAUAGUACUAAGUGCUUUGAAAGAUGCAAGCCAUAUACACUAGUUGGCUUCCUGGUGCAAUUGAUAAUGCAUUCACAGUGAUGACCAUCAAACCUUCUCAUAUAUGGGUACGCAUAUAAGUUGUCAAUGGCUUCUUUUCUACAGAUUGUUUGAAGUAAAGCACCUGCAAAGGAAAGUGGAAAAUCAGAUCAAAAUGGCCAAGAUGCUCCUGAUCAGUGAAAUAAAUAAGAGAACGAAUGUUCUACUUGAACAGCUAGAGGUAAGUAGGGUGGUUCUAAUAUAGCUAAGGCAGAUCAUUACGUGCAGACAUAAAAACAACAACAAUUUAUUUAUGUGGCGAACUCAAAGGUCAAGAAAUGCACGGGGUGAGAAAAACUGAAAGGGGAAGUCCUUCCUCAGCUGAUGUGGGAAUGUCUGGUAAUGAAUAGGGUGCUUUGGGAGAAGGGCAGCUAGGCAAGAGAUUUGGAAACAGCACAGCUAGAUGUCCAUGGUGCCUACAGUACCAGUGGGACUGCCUACAUCAGGAGUGGGGAACGUUUUUCAGCCUAAGAACUGCAUUCUCUCAUGGGCAAAUCUUCUGGAGGUCACAUGCCUGUGGUGAGUGAGGUCAGAGGCAAAAGUGGGAAGGACUAAUGGCAACACUGAGCUGAGCAACAAAUUGAGUCUUAUCUUUCUACAGUAGGCUAUAUUCCACCCAUGCAAAAGCAGAAGUUUUCUGACUUUUGUUAGAUGUUUCUGACACCGACACACGUUUCUCCAUUUUUCAUCCAAGCAAGCAAGCAAGAGGCAUCAUCACAGUUCCAAUGACUAUGUUGAGUAGUUUCUUUUGUUUCUGACUCUUAACAGAGAAUCACCAGUGAAAAGAAGCAGAAACUGGAACAACAACUUCAGGGCAUCGUGGUGUUAAACAGGCAAUUUGAACACGUGCAGAACUUUCUGAGCUGGGCAGUGUGCAGUAAAAACAGUGUUCCAUUCCUCUUCAGUAAGGAGCUGGUAAGUCUAAAUGCUCACUACAAUCCCAAAAUACAAAAAAAGGAAGGGAAGGGAGAAAAACAAGUCCCCAAAGAAGCUAAUGGGGAAAAUGCAUGAACUCUUCUACUGUACUGGUGGCUCAAGACUUUUAAGAGUACUUCUAGGUCUCCCAGAAGCUGAAGCAAAAUGGAGGUUGGCAAGCGACUCCAUUAAAAAGUUAAUACUGCAUUAGUGGGAAUCUUUGUGGUGGCUCCUGCUUGGGCAGUGCAUUAGUUGAAUAUGGCCCAAUAUGUUUAGAAACUUCUGUUUUGAGUGGAAAUACACAGAUUAAAGUGGAAAUGGGACAGUUGAAUUAUGGGCAAACACAUGCAAAAGUGGCAUGGUCUGGAAGUUUAUUGAUUUGCCCAUCCCUAGUCCUUAUAUAGAUUGAGACUUCUUUUCAUGCUAAAACAUGGUGCCAAUCACCCACACAACCAGUCAUCUGGAAGCAUAUACUGUAUAGUGCAUAUACAGUGCAUAGGAUGUUUUCUUGUGAUCAGCAUGGGACUUUAGUGCUGACCCAGAAGCAUAGGAAAUGGAACAAGAUCCAGUGCCUUUCCCCCCAUGCUAACACAGUCAUUCACAUAAUGCCUACCUCAUUCAUGAUUUACAGUAGCUUCCCAUUACUUUCAUCUAGAGUGGGACAGGAUAUGGAACUGGUGUGAACUGAAGAUACAGCACAAUACUGAUGCAUUUAUGUAUUUAAGUAUGUAUUAAUUACCUGUCUUCCAAAAAGGCAACCAAGACAAUGUAAGGCAACAUGAACUAAAAAUCUGCAUUAAUAUGUAGGAGCUAAAGCAAAUAAUGAAAAUACAAAAGGUACACAUGUGUACUGUAAAGAGUAAAUGCCCAUAACAAAUAAUUAGACCCCCUAAACUAGCCCUGUGUAGUGCAGACCUGGCUGUCUUAUGAACGCAGACUUACUUCUGAGUAAAUAUGCAUAGGAUUCCAUUUUGCUGAAUCAAUAAUAUUCCAGAUGAGGCUAGUGUGAAAGAGAGAUCCUAUGCUCACAGCUUGCAGGGCAGCAGCUGAAGAAGGAGCAAAAAGGGUUUUCUUGUGUGUGUGUUUCUUUGUGGCUGAUUAGCUGCUCUCCCUGUGCAAAGGUCAGAGGGGGCAGGGUUUCUGUUGAGGCAGGUGAUUAGCUGUGGGAGGAGCUUAUCAGAGCUUGCAGGGCAGCGGCGCGCGCAGUUUGAUCCAUCUUUUAGAUUUAGGGGAGCUAGUCUCAAACGUUUGUUGGGGGAGACCUAGGUUUUUUUUGGGGGGGAGUUAUUUGUCCUGUCUUCACGCUUUUUAUGAUGGAGGACCGCUGUAGCCACCCCCAUCGACACGUUCUCAAGAUGGAGGGUGAGGGAACAGCUGCAGUCGCCUGCGGUUCCUGCGCAAUGUUUGCCAUCUUGCCAAAGGUUGCAGGCAGCUUUACCUGCAGCAAUUGCAUGUUGAUUGCCCUAUUAGAAGACAAAGUCCAGCAACUGGAGGAACGUGUAGCUACGCUCCAAAGAAUUAGAGAGCUGGAGCUCUUCUUGGAAGCAACAGAGCACACCGUCUCCACCAAGGAGGAGACAGGGGACUCCCCUGAGAAGGAGGCUAGUUCACCAACACAGGAGCCAGAUAUAUGGAGAAACGUGACUCAAAGAAGUAGGAGGCCCAGGGUUCGCUCUGAUUGUUUAGAAAUACACAAUACCUUUGAGGUCCUCUCCCCUAGCAUGGAAGACGAAGAGCAGACUCCAUUUGAGGAUCUCUCCCUCAUUACAGUCGAUCAGGUAUAUGAAGACGAGCAGCAAAGUCAGUCCUCAGGGAAUGUGCAGGCGACCUUGGAACGGACAGCUCACGGAAGAACCCAGACCAGACCUAAGAGGAGGCGUGUAGUGGUGAUAGGGGAUUCCCUUCUGAGGGGAACAGAAGCAGUGAUCUGUGGGCCUGACAAGAUGUCUCGGGAAGUGUGCUGUCUCCCCAGGGCUAAGAUCCAAGAUGUAACUGAACGACUGCAAGGAAUCAUAAAACCCACUGACAAAUACCCCUUCCUCUUGGUUCAUGUGGGAACCAAUGACACUGCAAGCAAUAGCCUCCAGAAGAUCAAAAGAGACUACGAGGCUCUGGGCAGGAAAUUGAAGCAAUUAAAUGCACAAAUUGUCAUCUCAUCUCAUCUGUCCUCCCAGUUGAACGACGUGGCCCAGGGAGAGAGGGAAAAAUAGUGGAAGUGAACAGCUGGCUUCGCAAAUGGUGUAAUUAGAUCACGGACUGCAGUUUCUUGAAGAUGGACUUCUGGCAAGCGAUGGGCAUCACCUCACAACGGUUGGGAGGAAUGUUUUUGCCAAAAAUCUCAGAAACCUCAUCAGGAGGGCUUUAAACUGACUAAUGUGGGGGAGGGAGACAGUGCUCCUGAAGGUAGGAGUCUAUCAAUUGAUGAAGAUGAUCAUCCAAAUGUCAUAGACCAAAUGGAGCAAACAGCACGCAGACCUAGUGGUGGGAGGAAAAAAUCCUUAAAUAAGAGACACGGGGGAAUGAUUAAUGGACUUCAGUGUCUGUACACUAAUGCGCAAAGCAUGGGAAAUAAACAAGAUGAGCUUGAGCUCUUGGUACAGCAAACUAAAUAUGACAUAAUAGGCAUCACUGAAACCUGGUGGGAUAAGUCCCACGAUUGGAAUAUAAUAAUGGAGGGAUACAAUCUAUUUCAGAGAUACAGACCAGACAAGAAAGGAGGAGGAGUGGCGUUAUAUGUCAGGGAUGUGUAUACCUGUGAGGAGAUCCAAGAUUUAGAACCUCAAAGCCAAAGUGAGAGCAUUUGGGUCAAAAGACCUCAUUGUGGGAGUUUACUAUAAAUCCCCAAGCCAAACGGAGGACAUAGAUGAUGCCUUCCUGGAACAGAUGGCCAAGCAUGCAAAAGGAAGGGAGAUAGUAGUAAUGGGGGACUUCAAUUACCCGGAUAUUUGUUGGAUGUCAAACUCAGCCAAGAGCAUAAGGUCAAACAGAUUCCUCACUGGCCUUGCAGACAACUUCAUUGUCCAGAAAGUGGGAGAAGCAACAAGAGGAACAGCAAUUUUAGAUCUGGUCCUAACCAAUGUUGAUGACCUGGUUAGUGGGGUAGAAGUGGAAGGAUCAUUAGGCGCGAGUGAUCAUGCUCUUCUGAAGUUUACUAUACAGCGGAAAGGAGCAGCCAAGCAUACUAGGAUUCAAUUUCUUGACUUUAAGAAAGCCGACUUCAUAAAACUUAGGGAAGUGCUGGGUGAGAUCCCAUGGACAGUAAUACUAAAAGGAAAGGGAAUUCAUGAUGGCUGGGAGUUUGUUAAGAGGGAGAUAGUAAAAGCACAACUUCAGGCAAUACCAAUGAGACGGAAACAUGGAAGGUGCCUAAAGAAGCCAGGGUGGCUAUCUAAAGAACUUUUAACUGAGUUAAGAUUAAAAAAGGAUGUGUACAAAAAUGGAAAAGGGGGAAACCACCAAAGAGGAAUUCAAACAAAUAGCCAGCACGUGUAGACACAAAGUCAGAAAAGCUAAAGCACAGAAUGAACUCAGGCUUGCUAGAGAGGUUAAAAGCAACAAAAAGGCUUUUAUGGGUAUGUUCGUAGCAAAAGGAAGAACAAAGAAACAGUGGGGUCACUCAGAGGAGAAGAUGGUGAAAUGCAAACAGGGGACACAGAAAGGGCUGAACUCCUCAAUGCCUUCUUUGCCUCCGUCUUCUCCAGUAAAGAAAACAAUGCCCGACCUGAAGAAUUUGGAGCAAAUGAUUCAGCAGAGGAAACAGCCCAGAAUAACUAAGGAGAUAGUACAAGAAUACUUGGCUAGUCUAGAUGUAUUAAAGUCUCCAGGGCCAGAUGAACUGCGUCCAAGAGUAUUAAAAGAACUGGCAGAUGUGAUCUCAGAACCACUGGCAGUCAUCUUUGAGAAUUCCUGGAGAACAGGCGAAGUCCCGGCAGACUGGAGGAGGGCAAAUGUUGUCCCUAUUUUCAAAAAGGGGAAAAGAGAGGACCCAAAUAAUUACCGCCCAGUCAGUCUGACAUCAAUACCAGGGAAGAUUCUGGAGCAGAUCAUUAAGCAAACAGUCUGUGAGCACCUAGAAAGGAAUGCUGUGAUCACCAAUAGUCAGCAUGGAUUUCUGAAAAAUAAGUCAUGUCAGACUAACCUGAUCUUGUUUUUGACAGAAUUACAAGCCUGGUAGAUGAAGGGAACGCAGUGGAUGUAGCCUACCUUGAUUUCAGCAAGGCAUUUGACAAGGUGCCCCAUGAUAUUCUUGUAAAGAAGCUGGUAAAAUGUGGUCUUGACUAUGCUACCACUCAGUGGAAUUGUAACUGGCUGACUGACCGAACCCAAAGGGUGCUCAUCAAUGGUUCCUCUUCAUCCUGGAGAAGAGUGACUAGUGGGGUGCCACAGGGUUCUGUCUUGGGCCCGGUCUUAUUCAACAUCUUUAUCAACGACUUGGAUGAUGGACUCAAGGGCAUGCUGAUCAAAUUUGCAGAUGACACCAAACUGGGAGGGGUGGCUAACACUCCAGAGGACAGGAUCACACUUCAAAACGACCUUGACAGAUUAGAGAACUGGGCCAAAACAAACAAGAUGAAUUUUAACAGGGAGAAAUGUAAAGUAUUGCACUUGGGCAAAAAAAUGAGAGGCACAAAUACAAGAUGGGUGACACCUGGCUUGAGAGCAGUACAUGUGAAAAGGAUCUAGGAGUCUUGGUUGACCACAAACUUGACAUGAGCCAACAGUGUGACUCGGCAGCUAAAAAGCCAAUGCAAUUCUGGGCUGCAUCAAUAGGAGUAUAGCAUCUAGAUCAAGGGAAGUAAUAGUGCCACUGUAUUCUGCUCUGGUCAGACCUCACCUGGAGUACUGUGUCCAGUUCUGGGCACCACAGUUCAAGAAGGACACUGACAAACUGGAACGUGUCCAGAGGAGGGCAACCAAAAUGGUCAAAGGCCUGGAAACGAUGCCUUAUGAGGAACGGCUAAGGGAGCUGGGCAUGUUUAGCCUGGAGAAGAGGAGGUUAAGGGGUGAUAUGAUAGCCAUGUUCAAAUAUAUAAAAGGAUGUCACAUAGAGGAGGGAGAAAGGUUGUUUUCUGCUGCUCCAGAGAAGUGGACACGGAGCAAUGGAUCCAAACUACAAGAAAGAAGAUUCCACCUAAACAUUAGGAAGAACUUCCUGACAGUAAGAGCUGUUCAACAGUGGAAUUUGCUGCCAAGGAGUGUGGUGGAGUCUCCUUCUUUGGAGGUCUUUAAGCAGAGGCUUGACAACCAUAUGUCAGGAGUGCUCUGAUGGUGUUUCCUGCUUGGCAGGGGGUUGGACUCGAUGGCCCUUGUGGUCUCUUCCACCUCUAUGAUUCUAUGAUUCUAUAAUUCUAUGGAGUUUCUGGAUAUGACUUUAGGUUGCUCUCUAUGUGCAGUUCUUUAUUGGGGAAAGCACAUAUAAAAAUAUCGUUUGCAAUUAUGGGAGAAAGAUUGUGAGACAGUAAGGAUUUGCUUACACAGUAAAGUAUUGUGGAUUGUUAUCUCAGCCUUGUUUCAUACAUCAGCAACUUAUCAAUUAUUUAUUUUAUUUAGAGAAUUAAUAAACCACUAGAUCAAAAGAAAUUUCCCAAGUGGUGUACAGAUAGAAUUAUAAAUAAAAACAUGGAUAAAGUCAUACACCAGUUAAAAACAUGUGUACAUAGAAUCACCACCAUCCUUAAAAACAAAGAUAAAAAACAAUGACUUUAAAAGAAAAAUCAUUAACUAAAUCAUGUGUCUGCCACAACAAAGGUGCUGCCAUACUAAAGGAAUGACUCCUCACAAAUUUGGAACAUACAUUAUGUGGCACUUGCAAAAGUGCCAGUUCUGCAGAAGGAUACUUCUUGUUCACUAUUUCAGGCUAUUUGCUGGUCUCCAUAGCAAUUUGAGUAACUUUACUCUCAGCUGAAGUUUGCAUAGCAGACAUUACAAUCCUGCUGGUGUCUGUCUGCAUGCAAAAUCAUUUCUCCUGCAGUGAUGGACAACUGGCUUAGGAGUCCCUGAUUUCAUCAUGAAUUCCUUUCCUCUCAUUAGUUCACUUUAGCUAGGAGAUUCUUGCCUUGAAAAUGUAAGCAAAUCGAAAAGCAAAAUGAAAUAAAAGGAUAACUGAAUGGGCAAGUAAGCAAUAAUGGAAAAUGGAAAUGUAGGGUCAUUUAAAGUUAUAAGUUAUAAUCAGCUGUAAUUGAUAAAGCAUUGAUCAUCAUUAACUCUUAACAGUAAUUUUUUUAUUUGUUACCAGAUUGUGUUUCAGAUCCAGCGUUUACUAGAAACAAACUGUAAUACUGAUGCAGGUCCUCCUUGGAAGGUCAGAUUCACAUGGGACCCAUCUUUCUGGACUAAACAACUGUCCAAUUUAGGUAAAAAAAGUAUACAAUGUUAGGUUUUCUUUGAGUUCAUUAGAUGAAAAUAUGUGUGUGUGUAUUAUCAGUAUUGAUGUUAAUUUUUCCACUGCUACCACUGUGACAAUUCUUUGUAAGUCACACUUAAUAUGUAACCCAAAAGCUGCUACAAGGUGAGUCAAAAGCUUUCGCAUGCGGAAAAAGGCCAAGUUGUGAGUUAUACCCCUAUGCGAGUGACAUAGGCGCCACUAUUUUGCUUUGGUGGCAUAAGAAUGAAAACACGCUCACACACAUGCACAUCCAUACAUAAAUAACCAUGCCAGAAUCAAAGAACUGAUUGAAAGUAGGGGGAUAAUGUUGAUGUAGUCCUUUCCAUAUCUGGAGAAGCAUUUUGGGGGGGAUGGGACCAAAAGGCAGCCAUGUAGUAUAGCCCCACCCACCAGCUGAAAUAGCUACUGUUGAAAUAAUCUCACAAACCCUACUGAAAUUAAAAGAUUGCUUACAGCAUAGGUAGGCAAACUAAGGCCUCGGGGCCAGAUCUGGCCCAAUCGCCGUCUAAAUCUGGCCCACGGAUGAUCCGGGAAUCAGUGUGUUUUUCCAUUAGUAGAAUGUGUGCUUUUAUUUAAAAUGCAUCUCUGGGUUAUUUGUGGGGCAUAGGAAUUUGUUCAUUCCCCACCCCCCCAAUAUAGUCUGGCCCCCCACAAGGUCUGAGGGACAGUGGACCCGGCCCCCUGCUGAAAAAGUUUGCUGACCCCUGGCUUACAGUGUCUUUAUGGAAGUGCUACAAAUGACAAUUUGGGGAAAAGUCAUACAUUCCCCUUUGGGCUGGCUAUUAUCUCACCAGUCCUCUACUUUUAACAGGGCUUAAAACAACAACAAUUCAUCAUAUGCCUCCAUUUGAUGCUCAGAUGCUAGGAGAUAAUGCAAAAGGUGCGACUCUGUGGAAGUAUUUCUGAAGAAGGUUUCCCCUGAAGGAAGAUUUGAUAGCCUGUUUCUAGCACAUGUUGACCCCCUCCUGGUGGGUGGGUGGGUGUUUUUCUCCAUUUUGCUGGUGCAUCCUUCCCGUUUUUAUUUCUUCCUUGCUUUCUGCAGGCCACUUGUCAAUGGAGGGGGGACCAAUCCAUCACUCAGAAGUGCCAUCCUAUGGAAGUAUGCAAGGAAUGCAGCCCUCCUUGUAUCACCAUCACGGACAUCAUUCGCCAGCACCACAGCAUGACUCUCUCAACACCCAGUCCCACCAGUUUCAGCCUCCUGUUCAUUGCCCUACGCCUGUGUGCUGCACCCAUUGCCUUAACAUCCCCCACAUGAAUAAAGGACAGCUUCCUCAUCAAACCAUGAGCCAUGCGCAUUCCUUCCGACAGCCUCCUGAGAUGCAGCACCACCACCAGCAGCAGCAUUUCCCUCUGCAGUAUAGCCAGCAGCAGCACGAAAGAGAACAGAGGUGCGCCUCUCGACCCGUGAAAACACUGCAGCCUUGUGCCGAGCAGAAAUCUCACCAGGAGCACGAUAACCUAUCUGCCAGGAUGGCAAAGCAUUCCCAAGAGCAGCCGUUGCAACAGGCAGCACAUCCCAUUUAUCCCCUUCCCCUGCAUGAUGGUCAGCAAGGCCAGGCUGGACAUUCCCAGCAGCUGCCUGCGCAAUCUGCUCUGCACAGUCCAACAGUGCAAGUUCAGCUUGGUCCUCUCCAGAAGCUAAAGCUGAAUCACUUGCAACAGCAGCAGCAGCAGCAGCAGCAGCAAGAACAGCCACCCUUGCCGCCGCCACCACCAUUGUCACCACAGCAAUCAUCUGCGACAGGUCAGAACGAGAAGGCUCACGAACAGGUGCUACAGCAGAGUUUGGACAUCAUGCACCACCAGUUUGAACUGGAGGAAAUGAAGAAAGAUCUGGAGCUUCUCCUCCAGGCUCAGCAACCGAGCCUGCAAGUGAAUCAGGCCAAGCAGCCUCAGCAUGUUCAGCAAACAAUUGUGGGGCAAAUAAACUACAUUGUGAGGCAGCCGACGGCAGUUCAGCAGCAAAGCCAGGAUGAAGCCCAGCAGGUGAGUUUGCUAGGUCUGUUCUUUUCUUCUUUUUUUGGUCUCUAGCUGUUUAAAUGCCCUAACCAAAACUUGGUACCAAAUAGGUUCCAAUGCAGAUAGGUUAGCACAGAUUUAAAGCCAGUAAUUGUUAAUAAAUGGGCCGACACCUGAGAACUCAGUAGGCCCUUCCAGGCAUCACUAUUUUUAGGUGGGAUUCAAUAACACACUGGCAAAUUCUGGUUGCCCAAUUAAAGUUGAUUUGGAGCUCUUCUGCAAAAGAUUGGACUUUUUGCAGUAAAGAAAGUGAUGAGGAAAUGCACUGGGGUGUGUGAGAACACUUGCUUUGACACAGCGUUAUCUAACUUCACUGCAAACAAAUCUGAUUGAAUGUUAACUAAUGGGCAAAGUCAACUAAUCUCCCUGCAAACAAAUUAGGAGGGUGGCUCAGUCUACAGAUCAUCUGGAAAUGAUCCCUGUGUGUACAAAUAAAAUAAGGGUGUUCCAUCAAAAGGAUUUUUCAUAUUACUACUCAUUUCCUAAACUGAUCUUGGUGCUAUUAAUGAAUCUGUGCUGAUUAUUCCCUUAUCAUAGGUUGGUGAAGAUUCCACUGAUUCAGAAGGUCAAAAACCAGCACUUCCUCUUGAUAGAAACAUGAUUCCACCAAUGUCACAGCCAUUGGAAGAUGCUAUUGCCAGUAUUCACUCCCCAGAGAGUACUUUGUUGAAUCCAGUCAGAAAGGUACACAGAGCUUCUUCUUUUCUUUUUUUAAACAUAAGAGAAAAUGUUUCGGUAGCUCUAUACGGCUUCUUUGAAGACUACUUCUCUCUUUCAGCACUUUGACAAGAAUGAAGGUCAAGAGUGAAAUUUCAUCUUUGUAGGGGAGAUUCUUCUCUGUAGAAAGCCAUAUCCUUGGAACACAGUGAAUGUGUCCAUACGAGUGCUUAAAUUGCCCUUGAGACUCUCAUGUUAUUUCUAUACACGUUUCAUAGUUGUUAAUAUAGAAAAGAAUAGAAGAAAGGCAUUUGUAAUGCAAAUGUACAUUUUUACAUUUUGGGGCAAUAUACAUUGUACGUUUGCACUACAAACUGAUUGAAAAAUCACAUAAAGCCUUGAGUGGAAAUUUCGAUGGGAGUUUUUCAUGAAUUCUGAUUCGUUGAUCUCCAGGCAAUGCCGCAAAAGACAUAUUUUUAGGGCUGCUUUGUUCCUGACAUUUCUUUUCUACACAAGGAUGGAGGGAAAUCCCAGUGUUCACAAUUAUUUGAACACCCUAUUUAGGUGUUCAAAAACAAGCAGCAAUAAUUGCAUGAUGGAGGGAAUAGGGGGAAUUCACUCAGUUCAUCCACAGUCUUGUUCCUUGCAUUGGCCUCCUCUUAAUGCUGUCUUAAUGCUGGGGCAGCCUGUCAAAUGCUCAUAGGUAGUUGGAGCCCAAGGGUGGCAGUUAUGUAUUUGUUUGAACAUUUAUAAUCCACACUUUCAUAAAAUAUAUAAAGGUGGCUCAGAGCAUAUACAACACAAUAAUGUCAGUCUAUAAAUAUCUAUAAAACACAAUAAAAAACUUCAGUGAAACAUCAGUAGAUACUGGUUGGCUAAAAAGAUAAAUUCAUAUUGUGAAGACCUGUCUAAACAGUACAGUUUUCAAACCUCUAAAAGAAGAUAGUGACAGUUCCUCCCGAACCUCUACACAGCACAGGGCCUGCCAAGCUAAGGGCUCAAUUCCUAGUGAAGGCUCCAGGGCAUGGGGAACCACCAGAAGUACUUCAUAAGAGAUCAGAUGGUGCUUUGGGCACGAGUUGUUUAGGGCUUUGUCAGUUAACACGUGUGUAGGAUCAUGGGAGGUUGCACAUAUGGCAAAGGUGAGCAACCUGUGGCCUACCUAAGUUCAUUCAGGUGCCACAGAAGGAUAAUGGGUGGCAAAGAGAGAGAGAAAAAGAGUGAUAGAGGUAGCACCCCUCUCACUUUUCACUCUGGCCUUGCAUACUGCUAUCAUCUAGCCUCCGACAAAUUACCUCAGAGGUAAAUUAAUUGAUAUUGUUAUAAUUUGGCUAUUAUUGGGUAAAUAUUGGAAAACUAAUUAAAAUUUAUUUGGCCCAACCCCCCCCCAAACCCAGAGGUAAUGUGGCCCUUAGCAGAAGAAAGGUUCCUAUCCCCAACAUUAGCAAUAGCUCAGUGGUAGAGCACAUGAUUUGCAUGCAGGCAGUUACAGGUUGUGUUUGUAGGUUAUCCAGUUAAGAGGAUGAGCUGUAGGUGAUAGGAAAGACCUCUGCCUGAGACUUUGGAAAGCUACUGCCAGUCAGUGUACAUAAUACUAGUCUACUCUAGAUGGACCUUGUGUAAGCCAGCUUUCUAAGGCCCAGGCACAUGGCUUGUUAUGGCAGGUACCUCUGAGGUUCCUCUGCAGCAGGUAAACAAACCUGCUGAGGAGGGCAACUCAGAUGCAAGUUAACCCCUCUUCCUUCAAUCUCAGGUGGUGGUCCCAAUAACCAUACAGGUAAAACAGACAUACUUAGGAUCUUCUGUAUGCAUAUUUAGAUUUUCUAAAUUUAAAAAGGAACAUUUCUUGAUACCCAAAAGGGUUUUGUUUUCUGAGAACAGAGAGAGAGAAAUAAACUCAGUACAUAUUGCUGCUACUACCCAGUGUGAUGUCUUGACUGUAGCUUCAUGUAUUACAGACUGGAAGCAUGCUUCAUCACAUAGGCAAUAUUAAAUACUGAAAAUGUGCUUCCUUAAGUUGGUAGCUUUUGACCACCUCCUCUGAGGACCUUUUGCCCAACAGUCACUUGAUCUGGUCACUUCUGGUCAGUAAGAAAUGCUUCCAAAAUGAUAAGACAAGGUUAUUUUUACAAAAGUUGACAAUUCUUCUUUUUAGGACAUAAAUGACUAGAUAGAUGUGAAUAGGCAUGCAGCUAGUAAAUAUUUUAGUUGGCCAGUAACUUCAGUGGAGUUGUUUAGUGGAAUAAUAGUGCCUUUCUUUCUCUGAAGCUAUACUAUAUAUCUAUAUAUUUUGGCCUGGCUAGUUCCUGAAUGGAACACUCUUCAGCCUCCCAUAUACACAACCAUGAAUCCUAUGGAAAAAGAGCAGGAUACAAAUAAACACAAAUAAACAGCCCCAUCUACUUUGACCUCAAGAGCCUUGUCUUGCUAUAGUGUCACAGCACUGUCAUGGCUUGGUGCCAAAAUUAGGCAAGUGCUGAUUGAAGAAGUGAUGUAGGGGUUGUAACUAUAAUGGGGGAAAGACCAAAUUUCCUUUUGGUUCAAAGUAAAAGACAGGUUGUAUCUUUGAGGAUAAUUUAACUUUCACGUUACAUGAUCAUUUUGCUUGUACAUAACUGUUUAGUUGUUUCUCCACAAUUUCCAGGAACUUAUGUACGGGUAUUUUGAUUAAAUGGACUGUAACAUGAGUCAUAAGAUGCAAUGCCAUUUGCAUAAUCCACAUGCCAUUUAUAUGAGUUCUAAUUGUUUGAUGUCUACCGUAGCUAAGGCCUGUUUGCUUAGGCUGCAUUUAAGAACAAAUGCAUUGUAUAGGCUAGCAUUCUGUAUCUGAUAUUGGCCAAUCAUCUGCCUAGAAACUGAAAUGAAGGAUAAAGAUAACUGGGCAUUCCCUGUUCCCAACUCUGAACCACCAAUUUACAAGGGGAUUAAUUUUAGCUAUGAUGGCUGAUACAGUCAUACCUCGGGUUACAGACACUUCAGGUUGUGCGUUUUUGGGUUGCGCACCGCGCCAAACCCAGAAGUACCGGAACGGGUUACUUCUGGGUUUCACACUUUGCGCAUGUGCAAAAGCGCUGAAUCAUGACCCGCGUGUGCGCAGAUGCGGCACUGUGAGUUGCAAACGCUGCGGGUUGCGAACGUGCCUCCCGCACGGAUCAUGUUCGCAACCCGAGCGUCCACUGUAUUUGAAUAAUUUUAGUACAAGUACCUUCUAUUUAAAAAUUUGGAAGUCCUUGCUUAGCCAAAGCCAAAAAAACCAGAAUUUUUUAUACCAGAUUGCAGACAGUCCCAAAGUUCUUCAGAGUUUUUGGAGCAGCUUGCAAGGUGGUAUAGGGGCUAUAGCCAGAAGGGAUCACGUGAGGAGCCUUAUGAUGUGUAUGGUAACUCUGUAUGGUCCCUUGGAUCCAGCCAGGCUACAGUCUUUUGUCAGAGAAACCAGGCAAUCAGUAGAAUAAGAAGGUUGUAUACAAAUUACACAUAUUUGCAUAAAAUUCUGAUAGCAAGGCCUUUGAGACUUCUGUGACUACUUUGGAGUAGUUAGAUAUUGUUUGUGGGUGGAAGAAAAGAUGGAUGAUUGAAACAGGGAAAGGACUCGGCUGUAACUGCCUCUUACUGCUCAAUAUCCUUAAUCAAUCAGGACUCGAAGAACUUUACAGCUGUCUUAACUGACAGAAUGGACAACAUUAUCACCCAGUACAUCCACUCUGAUCAAAUGGAAUUCAUCCCAUGAUGACACCUGGUGGACAAAGUGUUACAUGGGCUAGAUGUUGCAUACAAGGCAAGACACAUUUUGAACAUCUUAUCCCCCAACACUGAGAAAGCAUUUGAUUGUAUCGAAUGGCUAUGCCUCAAGUAUUUCCUUCUCGAGAUGAUUUCCAGUCCUAAUUCCUCCAGGGACAUUCAGGCAUUAUCAACAUCCUUAGGGGCUGUGUCUGUAGACAACCUGGACUUCUAUCAUACUCAUCUCAAAAGAGAACUAGAUUUGGCUGUCUGCUGCGUCUGUUGCUAUAUAUCCUGACAAUGGAAUCCUUAGCCUGUGCUGUGUGGAUGAACAAAAUGAUCCAAGUGUAACUAAACACAGCAUAAAGCGGUGAUUAUCUCUGAUAAUAUCUCAGCAGCUCAAAUUACAUCUCGUAACCAGUGUGAGCUUGACACAUUUGAAAAAGCCAACUGUCAAAAGUCUGAUAUGAUAAAUAUAAACUUGACCUAUAAAAUUAUUUUGUGCAGCCCACUAAGCCAUGGCAUCACCUUGGGAUCUUUCUGUCAUCCUUCUGUCUACCUAUUAUACAUUCAACUACCAACCACUUUCUAACCAGCUUUACAAAUGCAUGCAAAAAUGGUAUUCUGACUUCUUAUGGCUCGCCAGGACAGCGGUUGUGUGAAUGAAUGAAUGUCUAGAAUCCUUCCUCCCUCCCCAAACAAUUGCACUUUAUCUGUCACCACCAAGUCUUAAGCAUAAACCAUGACUGAAGCAAUUUCACAUUUAAUAGACCUAUGGUUAAAAAAAGUUUGACAGUUCCAGCCCUGGACUUUAUAUUCUGCUGCAGCUCUCCCAUAUGGUUGCAUCAUCAGUGGACACAAAUACAACAUGCUACCAGAAACUAUACACAGGAUGUCUUGAUUUGGAAUGAUCACAGGGAUCGGCCUUGGUUCAUACUUAGGCAUCUCUUCCUUUAAGAAUGCUCUGUUCAUUGGGUCUGUUGAAGAGAGAAUCACAUUUUUGCCUGAUCGUCUUUUUCUGUAUCAUUCUGAUUUAAUCAAUUCAAACAGCCUUAUGGACUUCUCUUCCUGGAAAACAACAAAGAUACAUUGGAUGACAGACUUAACAUGUUGAAGAAAACUCCAGGGAACAUGAAAAGAAAGUUGAUUCACCAUAGCUUUCUGUACAGUGGUGCAAUUAAAUCAUUUUGGAUCCUAGACUUAAUUAUCUUAUGGGGGUGGGAUCAUUUUAAAUGAUAAUAUGCAUUACUUCACUUGCUGCAUUUGCGGGUCUUCCUGUUCCUUCUGCUGAGUGGGGCCCUAAUGGCACCACUAUUCCAACAUGUCACUCUGCAAAUAUGCUACUUUCUCAGACAACCAUAAUUCAAGCAGAAUGCUGGAAUCUCAUUAGCAUCAUUAGAAUCCUAUUUAAAUGUCACAGUGCUCUCCUCCUUAGCUCUUACCAUCUACCUGUUCCUUCUGACCCUUCUUCUGAAGGACAUGCUUUUGUAGUUGGAGGUUUGUAAAGGAUCUGCCCAGAACUUUAGAUUGGCAAGGCACCUGUGCCUCAUUUUUGUAGCAUGAAUAUAAAGAAAACUCAGUUUAAAGAUCUUAACAGAAAGUGUGUAACUGCAGCAAAGUUCCACUUAAUCCAUCUGAGCUAUAGUCAGUUCGUCUAGUAUGGCUGUGUCCAAACUAGGACCUUUAAACACAUUUUGUGGUUGCUCAACUCUUCUGCUAAUUAAUUGCAGAAUUCUUUCAGGAGUUUAUCCAUUCUCAAGCAAAUGAUGACAUUAUAACUAUACUUCUUAACAACACAAUUGUGGUUUUCUCUGCAAAGAGUAGCUGAAGCAACAGAACUAUCUGAGAAGUGAUGAUUAUGUGUAAACUUUGUCAAUAGAUGCUGCAGGCUAGAGAUAGAGUCUAGAAAAAGAAGAUUGUUGUUCUUAUGGUGUAUGUGCCAGAUAGCCAUCUUACUGUUACCAAAUGCAAAAACAUUUACAUCCCUCUCCUCUCUAAUGUUUUGGCUGCUUGCACCUCAUUUUUCAGUUUGCCAACUUAGCUUGACAAACAUCCUCUUUUCUUAGAGUUCAUUGAUUGUGAAUUUGACAGUCAUUUCCACACACACACACCCCGCAUCCUUGUACUGUAAAUGUGCCUUAGUUUCAAGUUGCUUCUGUGUUUUUCUCCUUUCUUGUGUUGUGUGUCUCUUGUAUAUUUAUCUAAUAUUUUUGAAAACUUUUACAAAUAAAAUUCAUAUUAGAAAAGCUCUAACAGACCAAUAAAGCAUGUGAUAAGUGGGGCUACUGUAGACUCAGACAUCCUGAUGUAGACUCAAUGCUGUUUCAGACAGUUACUGAAGACUUGCCACAAAUGCUUUUGCUUAAUGCAUGAUGACAUGACAGUUACUUUUCUUGAGAACUCUGAUCAAACCCAUCCUCAUCCAGUAGAUGGGGCUAUAGUCAUGCUGCUUUUUGCCCCCCUUUUAAAAUCAUCAUCAACAGCUGUGUCAUCUGGUUCAGGGGUCAGGUAGCAAAGGGGUGCACAGGCAGAGAGGGAGUGAUGUUGCACAGAUGCCACAUAAAAGUUGCCAGUAAUACUCGGCAAAUAAACUUUAUAGCAACAUAUGCACUCUAUGGGAGAAGCAUCACAUCUAAUUGUGCACACACCCAGCGUUCAAAGCACUCCUCCUAAGAACCUUGGGAAUGGUAGUAUGUUAAGGCUGCUGGGAACUGUAGCCCUUUGAACUACUGUUCCCAAUAUCUUUCUCUCUUUCUUGCAGGGGUGAUGGUGGGGAUGUGCUUCAAAUUUAUGGUGUGUCAAGUACAGAAUGUUGUACUUCUUUGAGUGCACAUUAAAUGCAAUAUUCCUACAACAAAAGCACUACUCUGGAGUCAAAUCUGUGGACCGCAUGCAAAAUAUAUAGCAGGUGUGGCUAACUCCCAGCCCUGUGGCCUGAUCUACAUUCUCCAUUUUUUUCUGCCCCCCUCCAAGAACCCAUCAAUUUGGACAGUGUCAAAAAAUGGGGGGGGGGAUAUAUAAAGUAGACACAUAGCAUGGAUAAGUUUAAACCUCUUGGUCUAGCCCAGCAGGUUGAAGAUAGAAAUGGCCCCUUCCCAGUCACUGGCUCAAUCAUUUGAUGAGCAGGGAGAGAGUGAAACAGAAGUUGGUUAAAGAAAAGUUAGUUAAGAAGUUAGUUAAAGAAAAAUGCUAUUCUGUACUCCCCCUCCCAAUCAGUUCUGCAUUCCUAAUUAAGUCUUUCUGGAAACUUGUGUUAACUAGCCACAUUUGAAUAAAUGCACAUACAUUUCAAUUGAAGAUUGUCAUUUUUUAAAAGGAGUUGCUGUACACUCAUUCAGAGCAAUGAUCCUCAUACUACACGUACACUAGAUUAUAUUAUGAAUAUCAUAAAUUCUCUGGGAGAGAGUUGCCCCACUCCCAAACAGCUCAGAUCCUAAAACUGGGGAUGCCAGGAUUGAACCUUAGACUUGAGCAUCAAAUAUAUGCUCUGCAUCUCAUUUUUGUGUUCUAGUUUGUUUUUAGUUUAUAGUGCUGAAUUAUGAUAUUUCACCUCAGGACUAGGAGAAUAGAGAGGAAAUUAAGAUGAGAUAUUAAUACACAGUAAAGUUAUAAUUGUGUGGGACUUUAUCAUCAUAAUCAUCGUCAUUAUUUCCUGAACAUUAGCCGCUGAAAAUCCCACACAGACCUCCUCUCCUUUCUGGGUCUUUAAUGUUGGGAUUCUUAUAUCUAUCUCCAGGUUCCAGAAAUCUACAAACUGGUAAAACAAGAGGUGAUAUCCAUGACAUUCCAACCAUUAGGCUUUUUUUUUCAUGGCAUAACCGUGGGUGUCUAAAUUUCUGCAUUGAUUGAUUGUCAUGGUAAUUUAUGAUCUAAGCUUAAGCUCCCUGCACUGCCAAAUAUGACUGACUGCUACAUCAGCAUAAGGUGACAACAUUUUCUGCUUACUGCAAAAGCAGCCUGCUGGUACUGACCUAGGAAUUCCACUGAAUACCAUUGAUUCUGUGCCCUAUUGUAGUCAGGACCAUAUACUGGGGAGGGAACUAGUGUCCAGACUCCAUCUUUAAUCCAGAUGCCCUCUCUCAAUCUGUGUCCAAGAGUUUACCCCUGCAGAAUCAAAGUUUCUAGGUUACGGUAUCCAACUCCACAACUUUAUGCCUAGUAACGAACUUUUAUAUUCCUGGUUUUGUGUUUGUACUGGCAGCUGGCCUGAACUUUGCAAAAGCCAUGCCACCUAAAUGUCCAAGGCACUGGCAUUAAGCUGGUGCUGCCCAAACGUUACUGUGCAGGUGCAGGGAAAAGCCCAAUAUAAGUGCUUAGGAUCUGAUCCUUUGGACCCUGAUCAUCUUGGGGAUUCUGGAGGACUGGAUUUGCUGAACUUAAGCCAUUCUGGUGGUAAUCAGAACAUUGUAUAGGAAAGGGUGGUGGCUUAGUGGUAGAGCACGCUGAGAGUUCACAGUUUAAUCCUCAUCAGCUCCAGGUACAGCUGGAACAUUUACCUGGCUUUUAACACCCAGCCAUCUUUCCUACCCUUCUCACCCAGUGAAGAGUUUGGUAGAACUUGAAAGCUUGCUUACUAUUUUAUGCCAUUUUGACUGGCCUAAUACAGAUAUUGCCAUGCUGUGGAUUUUGCAGUAUUUCACAGUGUGUUUUAGAUUAGCAAAGCUUAUUUUUGUGACCUGAAAAGGAAGAUAAAUAAUACAUGAUGCUGCUUGUUCGGCUGGCUGUUUCUGCUGCUUGCACCGUAAAGCCGGCUCCAUUUUCUUGUGAUGCAUUUUUUAAAAACAGAAAAUAGAGGUACUCCCCCACCCCAAACUGGGGUGUUGGUCAGGGACGCUCUACUUAAGAGCCAAGCAAAAGGAAUAUAUGUGUAGGCUAUUGGUGUACUCUGAGUUAAAUUUGAGCCAACUGGAUUUGAAUUAGUGCAUUUCUUUAACCUUGCAGCAUAAUGAGCUGCCAGGGGGAUUGCUCCACUUAACAGCAGCCUUCGUUACUUUCCAGUCCUUUGCUCUCAGUAAUUUCUCCACAAUCGCAAAGAAUCUGUGUAGGUUUAACAAAUCCUAAGCCAAGACUUUAUUGAAGGUAGGCAUUUUCACCUCCAACUUUCUUUGUGGUUCAUAAUGCAUGUUUGCAUGGAGCCGUAUAAAAAUAUGCUCUUAAUUUUUAACUCUGAUUUUGGGCACAUUAUCUUUUUACUAUUGUAAGUAGAGCUGCUGUUCCGCCCCCCCCCCACCUUCUUCCUGUGCCUUUAAUAGCAGCCUGACAUGCAGAAAGCUUGAAGAUUAAGCUUUCCCUGUCACUUAUCUUCAUGCUAGGAACAGCAUUUGCCAGCUAAAUGUCUGCAUAUGAGGCUGCUAUUAAAGGUAUGCAGUAAGGCCGAUGGAAAAGGGGGCUGAAAUUUGUGUGAUAUAAGUGAUAAUGGUUAAAAAACAACUUUUGACAUUAAGAGCACCAUUACUGGACAGCUGCUGUUGCAAUUAAUGUUAUAACGUGUCAGGAGCUGUACACAAUUGAGAUUGUGCUUUUUCAAAGUUUAAGGAAAACAUGGGGAUUGAUUGAUUGAUUGAUUUUUUGAAAAUGAAGGGAAUGGGCAAAAGCAAGCAGAGUGCGAAGAUUUGUAAUGGCACAAAUGGACUUGUUUGUAACUUUAUAUAUUAAAAUGUUGGUACCGAAAGGCUUUCCAACAGCAGCAAUCACACUGUGACAGUGUAUAUGAUGAAUGUAGCAUUUGUUGUGUUCAAGGAAUGAAACAUUAAAGCUUUUUAGAGAAUUCUGAUCCAUUAAUAAUAAAAAAAGAAACACCACAUAUUAUCCAGUACUGUAGAAAUCACUAGGGGAGAUGAGGUCCCCCACCCACCGCCCGCUAAUGCCAAAAGGAAUGAUUAUUUUAGGGAGAGAAUUAAUAGGAUCUUAAUGAGCCUUACUCCCAGCGCAUUGUUCACUUCACACUUGACAGCAGCUUUGUGGAUCACAGUGUAGAAUGUGUCAACUGCUUACCAGGAGCCUUAAUACACACACACACACUUUUUUUUAAAGUGAAAGAUCAUAAUGUUUCCUCAUUAUUAAAAUAACCACAGAAUUAACUUUUGCCUCCAGGGAGAGACAGAUGGCAGUUUGAUGGCCUCAUUUUUCCUUUCUUUCCUUUUUAGUAAGAUUAAUGUUUUAUACUGACUGAUGCAAUCUAUUAUACUCUCUUCAUACACUUCCUGUAACUGGAGCAGUAAUAAGGGAAAAUAGAAGCCCUCUUCUCUGUAAAACUUAAUCUCUUUAAAGGUAUUAGUUUCAAAUACAUCAGGUGAUUUUUGCAAAGACCUGUGCUUUGUAGCUCUGAAGUCUGAAGUUACCAGGAGUCUUUCCAUAGAGUCUUUGGGAAUAAGAUCAGACCAGUCUAUGUGAAUGGCUCAAUCAUGAGAUAGCAAUAAGCAUGGGAUCUCUGGAUACUACUCCAAACUUUGCUGGCACCCUCAAUCUUUGGCAACCAGAAGCUCUAGCCUUCUGACUCCAGAAAUAUGGAAUCCAGACACUGUGUUUCAACAGUAAGAAAAGAGCAAUCUGCAUUGGGUUCAGAAGCACUCUUCUUUCCUGGUAGCUUGCAAGGAAAAACCAGGCCUUUCUAUUAGAAUGAAAUGGGAAAUUUGUGGAAUAACCAGCCUCAUAUAACCAACAUGCAUAUGUCUAAUUAAAGCAUGAAGGGGUUAAGACCAUAGAGUAAGCUGUCCUGCCAGGUUUAGCUCUAUGGACUUUUAUUGCCUUUGCAACUUUUCUGACUGAUGUGAAGAAAAGCACAUGAAUCUGACCUUUGAAGAGUUUGUAAGUAAAUCAGUUUUUAACUUGCCAAACUUGUGGUCCUUUCCUAUGCCAGAGGAAGAAAGAAUUUUUGUAACUCACUUGGAAGGGUAUAAAGGACUAACAGCCUAUAUUUCCACGUUUUACUUUGCUGCAUAUUUUGUGACUUUAAAACUCUGCUGGGGAUCUGUCUCCAAAGAGUACUUGGCCCAAACUUGGAUCUUGGCACCCAAGAAUUCAUCUAUCUAUCUGUCUGUCUGUCUAUCUGUCUAUAUCACCAACAAAAUUAAAGCUGAAGGCUCCAAGACUAAUCUCUGAAUCUGGGGUUUGAUUACCAUAGAGUUGAUUACCAUAGAGCACCAUAGCAUAGAAUCAUAUAAUUGUAGAGUUGGGACUCUGAGAGUCAUCUAGUCCAACCCUGUGCAACACAGGAAUCCUGCCCACAGCAGUCCAUGAGUGAACAUGCAGUGUUUUGUGUGGAAAUAGGAACACAGAUCCGGAAGGUUGUGGAAUAGGUAAAAUGUAAUUGUGAAAGACUUGUAGGACUGACAGCAUAAGCUUCCACAAAAUACAAAGAAAGUGAUGAAAUUAGGCACUGAAUUAGGCACUUAAUGUCCACGACAGUAUGGAUGAGCCUUUAUGUCCACAUCAAAAAAAUUAGAUCUGCAUGCACAUCAACCUACACAUUGUCUUCUUUUUCAGCGGUCAGCUUCACUGAACAUUGUGGGCUUUUCAAAUGCUUUAGACAUGGAGUUGUCUUCAGCAAGGGUAUCCAAGUCAGUUGAUUCACAGGCAAAAGAAAUAUCCACUGUAACAUCCGGUCAGCCCCAAAGUAUGCCAUAUACCUCUGACGUGCAGCCUGAAGUUUUGCCCAGUUACAGCCUGGCUUUGGAUAGAAGUACAAAUGACCUGAACUCUGAUGCUCUUAGCCACUUAGCAACCGGUGGUGUGCCCCUGAGGAGCGCAGUGUGCAAGGUAAGGACUGUUGAUUCUGUGGGACAACCAGCCUCAUAUAAGCAAUAUGCUUAAGUCUAAUGAAUGCAAAAAGGGUUUGAGACCAUAAAGUCCUGCCGGGCUUAGCUCACCUUGGGAGGAACUAAGUAAUCAUGCCUUUGUUCCCUUUCAAUCUACCUGAGAAGCUCAGUGUAAAGAGAUUUGAGCUGCUUGCUCUAGCACAGACUGCAUGGCUGACCUGGAGACCCCUAUUUCCCUCACAGAACUGCAAUUCCUAGUGUUCCCUGUGGAAAGAGAUAUUGUUAAACUUCUCUGGGUCUUAUAGCACCCUUAACAAACUACAGCUGCCAGAACACUUCAGAGGAACCCAUGACUGUCUAAAGUGGCAAGAUAGUGUUUUAAAUGUAUGGUACAAACGUGACUUAUGCAUAUAUAUUGCAUGCUGCCUGGGCUAAAUCUCUGGCAUGGAUUCAGAGAACCGUGGGACUACUAGCUCCAAAGGAGCUACUAGCCUGAGGGGACUUGUGUUUAUUUAACAACCUCUCUUCAUGUCACAUACAAACUCAUGAAAUUGCAUGUGCCUCUUCUCAAAACCUUGUUUGCAAUAUGGCAUGUGGAUCGGUGGUUCAAAGGUUCUGUUGAACAUGCCUAAAAUAGCUUUUUGGAUCCCAGCCUCUGUGUGGAAAUAAGAGUGCGACAAAGCAACAAUAUUCAACAAUGUAAUUCUUUUCUUGAGAUUGAUGUAAGUUUGUAUAUUUCAAUCUUUUUUUUCCUCACCCCACCUUUUUUUUUGCAAGCUGGAGAAUGAAGAAUUCAGCUCCAUGACUUACCCUCUUGGAAGUGAUUCUGUUGCUUCUCAGUCCAAAGACAUCAGUGAGUUAUCUCUUCCCAUGCAAAAUAUUCUGGAAGAGCCUAUUAAUCUUUCGGUGAAGAAGACGCAGCCAUGUGCCUCCCCUCCCAUACUUAUCAGCAAUGCUUCCUGCAUGCAGCCAGUUACUCUACAACCAAAACAUAUUGAAGGUAUGAUGUUUUUCUUUUAUCUUCCUUUGGCUUUUAAAAUCCGUUCCACUGCAUAGUGUGGUCAUUUCAGGGUUGCUGUUGCUGCAAUUAGCUUGUGUGGCACCUUCAAGACUUCCACAUUUAUUAUGGCACAAGCUUUCGUAGACUACAGUCUGUUUAAUCAGAUGCAUGAAAUGUUAUCCUAACUUGGCAUUAUGGCCUGUGUGUGGAAAUACGUAGAUGAGAUCAGAGGGAAAUGAAAUGCAAAAAGACAAUUUCAUUCCCGUAUGACCUCACUCCCAUAUGUGCCCCCUCAUACGUUUAUAUGGUUACAAAUUUAAGAUUACACUUCAUGCUUCCACAAGGGCUUAUGCAAUAAUAAAUCUGUUAAUGUUUAAGGUUCCUUCUGGUUUUUGUAGUAAUUUUUUUGCUGCAACAGACAUAACACAGCUCCUUCUGGAAGUAAUUCAUUCUGUUGCCAAGCUGAAUCACAAAACUGACUACAGUUUCCUUACCUGUUCUCUUUGGCAUCCACAAUACUUGCCCAUGUUAACAGAGAGUGACCUGUUGAGACCUUUUGAGAAAUCUGGGGGUGGGGGGAGACAUUGGCUCCUAAAGGAAACCAUGAAAUGGAGAAACACCAAGCUGCUCUCUGCCCUGCCAGCAUAAGGGAGACAGAGCUUUGGAUCUGACAGUUCAUCUCUCUGGGAUUCUCCCUCCUCCAGCUCUUUUUGGUUCUUCAGUUAAUAUAGUACAAAAUAGUGGUGUGCAUCAGAUUCAGUGAAUCCUGCGCUCCAAGGUGGGAUGCCUUGUAGACAUUUGGGGCUUGUCAGAAGUGAACUAGGAUUUCUACAAGGCAGCAUGAAUCAAAGCUGAGAUCCCUGAAGCACUUCGUGGUACCUUUGCACUCUGCCCAGCAACCCCAAAUCUCUUUUGUGCCAGGCUGGUGGACUUCUGGAUUGGGUUGAGGUGUCUCUCUGGCAGACUCUGUUGGUCUCCCGCUAGCCUGUGCUUCCAAAGUAACACCAGUAUCACUCUGCUGCUGUGGUGUUCCUCCUUCUGCCUGCCAAAUGUGGGGCAGAAGUGCUGCCAGUGGAAAACAGGACUCUCCAUGGGACAGAGCAUGCUGGAGACAGCCUGAGAUCUUGCAUUGACUCCUCUUUCAUCAUAUGGUGGCUUGAGAGGGAGUUUGGAUUGCCUCCGUAGUCAUUAAAAAUGUUGCUGGCAAGUGUCUGCUUAAAGCAAAAUUAAUAAGCUUCCCAACGCCAGGAUGGGAUGAUAGGAAAGAACAAUCAACAGAGUGAGGACAGAGAAACAGCUCCUGUCAUAACUAACAGGUCUAGUAGAGAUAAUGAUUUUAGUGUUGUUCAAUCCUGGUGCUUUGGGGAAGGGAGCAGCUUUGCAGAACCAAAGCAUAUGGAAUGGGAAUGUGGGGAGUAAGAGGGAUACCUCUCUUGUGUCUGCAGUUUUCAGACCAGUUGCCAACAUACCACUAGGAGUAAUUCUUUUUUCACCUACUCCAAAGCCAUGACGAGCAGCAAAGUCAGUCCUCAGGGAAUGUGCAGGCAACCUCGGAAUGGACAGCUCACGGAAGAACCCCGACCAGACCUAAGAGGAGGCGUAUAGUGGUGAUAGGGGAUUCCCUACUGAGGGGAACAGAAGCAGUGAUCUGUGGGCCUGACAAGAUGUCUCGGGAAGUGUGCUGUCUCCCCGGGGCUAAUAUCCAAGAUGUAACUGAACGACUGCAAGGAAUCAUAAAACCUACUGACAAAUACCCCUUCCUCUUGGUUCAUGUGGGAACCAAUGACACUGCAAGCAAUCGCUUCCAGAAGAUCAAAAGAGACUACGAGGCUCUGGGCAGGAAAUUGAAGCAAUUAAAUGCACAAAUUGUCAUCUCAUCUGUCCUCCCAGUUGAACGACGUGGCCCAGGGAGAGAGGGAAAAAUAGUGGAAGUGAACAGCUGGCUUCGCAAAUGGUGUAAACAGGAACGGUUUGGAUUCUUAGAUCACGGACUGCAGUUUCUUGAAGAUGGACUUCUGGAAAGCGAUGGGCUGCAUCUCACAAUGGUUGGGAGGAAUGUUUUUGCCAAAAAUCUCAGAAACCUCAUCAGGAGGGCUUUAAACUGACUAAUGUGGGGGAGGGAGACAGUGCUCCUGAAGGUAGGAGUCUAUCAAUUGAUGAAGAUGAUCAUCCAAAUGUCAUAGACCAAAUGGAGCAAGGAUGUCACAUAGAGGAGGGAGAAAGGUUGUUUUCUGCUGCUCCAGAGAAGCAGACACGGAGCAAUGGAUCCAAACUACAAGAAAGAAGAUUCCACCUAAACAUUAGGAAGAACUUCCUGACAGUAAGAGCUGUUCGACAGUGGAAUUUGCUGCCAAGGAGUGUGGUGGAGUCUCCUUCUUUGGAGGUCUUUAAGCAGAGGCUUGACAACCAUAUGUCAGGAGUGCUUGGCAGGGGGUUGGACUCGAUGGCCCUUGUGGUCUCUUCCAACUCUUCCAACUCUAUGAUUCUAUGAUUCUAUAAUAGGUGCUCUUUCAGGUAAACCACUGCAGCUGUCCUUUAAAAAAAAACCUGGCAUAAUCCAUGCCCUCAGAAGAGGUGACCUUGCAGGCAAGUUAUAUAUGGUUCUUCAGAAAGAAAAAAAUAAGAAUUUAGAGGGGCAACUGUACAUGCAGAUUUGACUGUAGUCAAAAGCGGGGGGCGGGGGGGCGGGGGGCGGGUCACAGCCAUUUUAUAUUUCCUAUUAGUGAAGGGAGAGGAGAGAAAGCCAAACCAGGCAGCCUUCAAAUUGGGAUCUUGGGGGCAUAAGUGGGCUGUUUUACAAAAUCCCGAAUAGGGGUCUGAACAGAAUGUUGGGUUUAGUGCAUACCAAUACAAAGUUGUUCAAAGGAGGCCAUGCAUUCCAAAUAUAACUUCCCCUUAGGAUAAGACCACCAAAUAUUUUAUUCAUUUUCUUUUCUUGCAGACUGCCAUAACUGCGAAGAGGAACAUUUUGAUAUGGAAAUUAAAAGUAAUCAGAGCAACAGGUAACAUGAAACACCCGAUUUGAAAGUGUAGCAUUAAGAUAUUGAAUCCUUUUUUCCCCUCUUAGAAAGGAACAUAAAUCACAUUUGUUGUAAUAGCACAGUUAAAUUAAGUAAUUCCAGAUGUGAGAAGGAUCUAGAACAAAUUAUUAUAAACAGUUACAAAAAUUAGUUUUCACCACAAUCCUCAAUGCACUUCAACAAAUAUAUUAGUAAUCUGUGAAAUUAAUGUGUCAAUCUGUGAAGUAAGGUAUCACUUUAAAAACAACAUAAUGGCAUUAUUAUUGUUGUCUGUGGAGCAAUUGGUGUAAAACGAACUGAUUAAUUUUCAUGUCAGUUCUGUGAGUUUUACUGGUGAGGAAACCUAGGUUGAAACAAUCGUAGGUCUGACUUUCCAAUGGUGAGGGAGCCUGUGGAGAAUCUGUUGUGAAUCACCCUGGGAUCUUUGGAUGAAGGAUGGUAUACAAAUUUAAAUAAUAAUAGUAACAACAACAACAACAACAACAUAGGAAGACCCUUGUACACACAACUCCCAUUCAUAUGUGAAGAUUUGUUGAUCCUGCAUUAUGAAGUAUGAAAGCCCAUUCUUGAAAUUUCAGGUGUAUUAAUAACAUCAUAUUAGAACAUUUUGAUUAGCCAUCUAAAAAUACAAGGGAACCUGUGAAAACAUAUGGUAUAUUAAUAGAGGUGGAAUGGGGGGAUGAUUCUUACUAGCACUGAUGAAGUCAAUCCACUCUUUAACCUUGUUCUUAGAGCUUGUGCCAAAGAGGUAAAAGUCCCUUAUGUGCGACUGGAACGACUGAAGAUAUGCAACUCAGAGUCUGGAGAACUUCCAGUAUUUAAACUGCAACCACAGAAGAGUGAACAUGAUGGAACUUUCUUGCUGAUAAUUGAAUGUGGUACUCAGUCUUCAAGCAUGGCUAUUAAGGUAAGCUCAGCUCAAUUCAGCUGGUUUGGUUGCUGUUUGGCAUUGCUUCUAUUCUACCCUGACACAUUCAAAUUCACUGAUGCCUUUGACCAGCAGAUUUGAAUACACUUAGGGCCAGACUACGAGUGAAAAAUAAGAUCUGUGAUCAUAUCUUUUGAUGCCUUCAUGUUUACUUAUGAGCAGCUGCAGAGGCCCCUGAACUGGUUCAGAACUUCAGCACUGGGGACAGGGGUAAGCUUUUCCCCAUGCCAUUUCCCUGACCUAAAUCCCCCAUCUCAAGCUGCUGUUAGGGGGAAAUAUACAGAAACAAAAACACUGUAUGUAGGUCAACAGCUGGAAGUGUCUUCCUUCCAGAAAGAAAUAGACUGGCAGUGGCAAGUAGUGUGGGAUGCUGCAGAGAAAAGAAUAGGUGGUUCCCUGCACUAUUCUUAACGAAAGCUGAAAGUACUAAGAGCACUUGUGUGAAUGGGAGACAAUGGACUUCAAGUCUAUUCCUGCCCUUGAUGUUUAUCAGAACAGCAGUACACAACAAGUGAAACCUUUCUUUGAUAAUUGCUGGGUUGUAUUCAGUGCAGCACUAAGGUGAACAUUCCACCCGUGCCAGAAUUUCUCUGUGCACAACAGAACAUUCUCCCUUUCUCCCCCUACAUUCCCCCUAAAUCUGUUCUGUUUUAUUCCCCAGCUUUCUAGAGCAGAUUUGAGGAAGGCAAAGGGAGUGUGCAAGGGGACGGCGGGGGGGGGGAUUCCCUUCAGCUAGUGCUAAACAUUGUACUAGUAGAAAAAAUUCAUUGAGUACCACCCAGGAUUGGCAUCAGGUGACUUUGACUUUCUGUAGGACCUGCUGACACUUUUAUCUUACACCCACUUCCAAGUGUUUUCUCUGGGGUGAUCUCUGCCUAGGAGUUCUGCCUGUAAUGAAAAAAAUAAACAGCAUUUUUAAAAAUUUAAACUUUAUCUGUUUUUCUCUGUUUAAGUAAUAAAAACUUUGAAACUGAUGCAAAGGAUUUCUGUUUAAGUGUAAGCAGAAUCAUCCUCUACUAAAACAUUUCACAUACAAUAUGCAUAGAAAAACUGUUGUGCUACUCAAAGGGUGCUAAAUAUCUCAUUAACAGUGGUAUAAACGGAUCACUGGGGAAAGAUGUACUUAAGUUUUACAGUGUAUUACUUAAUCCCUGGAAUAUUGUGAAUUGUAGUUUCAUGAACAUCUGCUGUUAAACAUUUAAACCUGUCUAGUUGAUAUAGAUCCUGGCAUUUGUUUGGGUGGAUUGGGUUCAGGGAGAGCCAGGAAAACUCAGCUGGUUUUUGCAGGUAGUGUAGACAAGCAUUUGUUCACACAGUAUAGCUUCAGACACUUUUGGAUACAAGGUGAUGAGUGUAAAAAUUCGGGUCUUUAGACUGAAGGCUGAAUCCUCAGCACCAACCUUGUUGCAGACUACAUUUCCUUCUGCUGGAUUCAGUGGACCUUUAAGUGCUGGGGGCCUUCAUGCACAUUUAGGUGCCAAGCGAAAACGUUCCUCUACAACCAGGCCUUGGGCUAUUUAACAUCCAAUACCCUUUUAAAUGUGUUAUGGGAGGGGGAUUAUUGUUUUGGUUUUGUUCUUAUUUUUAUUAAGUAUUUUGUAAUUUUAACAUUGCAAUUUUAUGUUGUGAACUGCCCUGAGAUCUGCAGAUGAAGGGUGGUACAACAACAACAACAACAACAGAUUGAUUAACAGAUACAUUACAUUUCUCAGGAAUAUUGUUUGGGAUUGUGGCUAUCAACCAAUUUAAGCCUUUUGAAACUGCUUAAUCAUCAGGAUUUAUACAGUACUGAUUGGUUGAUUAAAUGUCAAUACAUUUGCAUAUUACCAGGACUUCAAUAUAGGAGCCAAAAUAUUGAAGGAGGGGCUAGUUUUUUUGUGAGUAAGAGAACAUACAGUGUAAUAAACAGAAGCUUCCACUGACCAUGGAAAUUGGAACCAGAGGAGGGAAAAUGCUAUUCAAACAAAAUGCCAGAGUUGAAACCACUUUUAAAAUGUGCAGAUUACAUUCCAUUGGUAUUGAGAAAGAUUUAGAUUGAAAAGACAUUAGCAAUACUGAUUUCAACUGAGCACAAUCUGUCUACUGUCUGCUAUUCACAGUGCUAGAAGAAACGUUGUGGUGCUUUCAAGGUGAAAGGCAUUUUAAAAAAUUUACUUAUAUAAUUUAUAUUCCCACCACUUAUCAAAAGUUAUCUAAAUGUCUUCUAGGUUUGGCUUCAAACUGGAAUGAGGGUACAUUUUAACAUUUCUUUUCCAGUAUAUCUGGCAGGGGAAGAAGGGGCUCUGCUAUUCUGAAGGUCAUGCUGCCAUUCAAGCUACAAAAUCUCAGUUUCACUAAUUAGUUGGUUAAUCUAUUGAUUAAACCAAUUAAAGCUUCGGGCAUAUUUUUAAAUGAAUGUAACUGGGGACAAUGCAAAUAUACUUGACAUCUUGGUUAGAGCUCCCCACCCCCAAACCAUAUCAUUUGAGGGAAUUACUGCAUUUAAUGUGCUAUGCGUUACAGAGAAACUGUGAGAUAGGAAUCCUCAAUUGUGAAUGCAGUAAGGCUGCUUUCCUUGAGGCGUUUAUUCACUGCAUUUAAUCUUCUGUACUAUUUCAAAUGUUGCAUGUGAAAAUGGUAGGCUGCUUUAAUUUAGAUUUUACUUUUCAUCCUAGGUCAAUCAAGGAAAUCCACUUGAAAGACAUAAUCUCAAGCCUGAGAACAUGGAGGAAAGGAGAAUCCCCACAAGUCAACUGACAGAGCCAGUGUUGCAUCCUUCUGUAGAUCACAGGCUCAGUAAUAGUAUGAAAAAAUCUGUGCUUACCCAGGAAGACCACCCGAUUGAGAACGAGGACUUCUGCGCUGUUUGUUUGAAUGGAGGAGAGCUAUUGUGCUGUGAUUACUGCCCAAAGGUGUUCCAUCUUUCAUGCCAUGUUCCUGCCUUGCUCAGCUUUCCUGUGUGAGUACAUAUAGCACAUGAAAUAUCUGCUCCAUUUGGUAUAUGUUUCAAGGUCCACUUCUUUGAAUCUAAUCCACUUUGUGCCACUCACUCAGGUUUCAUAUAUGGCUUUCAGUGGUUCUUUUCAGGUUGGAUGCUUACUACAGUGGUACCUCGAGUUACAAACGCCUCAGGUUACAAAUGCUUCAGGUUACAAACUCCGCUAUCCUAGAAGAGUUAUCUUGAGUUUAGAACUUUGCCCCAGGAUGAGAAGGGAAUCGUGUGCCGCCGGCGCAGUGGCAGCAAGAGGCCCCAUUAGCGAAAGCAUGCCUCUAGUUAAGAAUAGCUUCAGGUUAAGAACGGACCUCUGGAAUGAAUUAAGUUCGUAACUAGAGGUACCACUGUAUUUGAAAAGUGUCCUGCUGCCAGUUAGUGCUCACAGGAUGAUCAACAGGAUAUCUUGGGACUUGGGUGCAGACAUUUGGUGGCUACUGGUAUGUAAGUGACAUUAGGCAGCCAGGAGGUGCAUCUUCCAUCUCAAAGAGGCCUGUGUUCAGCGAUCUUCAAAUGGUGAAGAUGGCAAGAUCAAGAAAUGGCUCAAGGUCUCUCUAAUCUUACAAAGUUGAUAACCUGGCAACUCCUCAGUCUUUGAGCUUGGAGAGGAAGGACAGGAUAUAAACACCAGUUUUAAAGGAACUGCACUGUCAGCUAAUACAUUUCCAGCCCAAAUUCAAGGUGUUAGUGAUUACAUUUAAAGCCCUAAAUGCCUUGCAACUUGGAUGUUUGAGGAUGAACCUUUCCCUAUAUUUACCUGGGCAUAAAGAUCUGCUGGAGAGGUUUUCCCCUAUGUGUCCCACCUGUGGGAGAUGUGGAGGUGAAAGAGAGGGCAUUCUCCACUAUAGUUUCCUGGUUGUGUCAUGCCUUCCCCUUAGGAGCUGUGUUGGCACCAUCAUUGGCUUUGUUUGGUGCCAAGUUAAGUCCUGUCUAUACACUCAACCAUUUGGCAAAAUUAGCUACUGUUUUAUUUGAGCUGUUUAUGUUGAUUUUUCUGCUGAUUAUUGGAUUUUGUGGGGUGUAUUAAUUUUUAGAAGGUUUUAUUGUUUAUGUUGUAUUGUCAUUUUAUCGACUGUAAUCCACCCUGAAAUAAUCUGAUAUAGCAUGGAUGGGUGUGUGUGUGUGCAAUCAUCAUACCAGGUUAGAACUUUGUUCCAUCUAGCUCAGCACGAUCUAUACUAACUAACAGUAACUCUUUAGGUUUUCAAUCAGGACUAUUUCCCAGGAUUGAACCUGCGUGCAAAGAAUUUUUUUUUUACCACAGAGCUACAAUUCUUCCCAUGCUAUAUGUUACAUGCACAGGGACACACAUAAUAUCCAUAUAUUGGCAUCUUUUUCUUUUACAGUAAUUUGUUUUGGGGGAUUUUGAGGAAACCAGAGAACUUGAUUCAUGUUAGGUAUGGAACGCAUAAGAAACUAACACAGUGGGAAGUCAUGCGUUGUAAUUCUUGUCUGUGAUGAAAACCAUGUCAAAUAUUGAAGAUAGCAAGGUAGAGGAGCAGUAGAAAAGACUUCCUGUGUUUGUUCAUGUCUCCCCCCCAUUACUGCAGUCUAGUUGUUGUUAAAAAGAACUUCAUCACAGCUUCUUUUCUCAACUCCUGCUGUUUGUUUGUUGCAUCCAUGCCUGUACUCAAUUAAACAGAGAGCCAGUGUGGUGUAGUGGUUAAGAGCGGUAGUCUCGUAAUCUGGGGAACUGGGUUCGCGUCUCCGCUCCUCCACAUGUAGCUGCUGGGUGACCUUGGGCUAGUCACACUUUGAAGUUUCUCAGCCCCACUCACCUCACAGAGUGUUUGUUGUGGGGGAGGAAGGGAAAGGAGAAUGUUAGCCGCUUUGAGACUCCUUAAAGGGAGUGAAAGGCGGGAUAUCAAAUCCAAACUCUUCUUCUUCUUCUAAACACAUUGAUUGUUAAAGAAAAUACACAAUCCAUCAAAAUGGGCUUAUUCUGCCUGAGGUGACCAGGAAAGCAGAAUUGUUCUCCAACAUGGUGUUAAGGCUUCCUCUUAGGCAUCUGCCAUUGGCAUAUUAAUUCAAGGACCAGUGAUCUACAGCAACAAUAUGAUGUUGUAUUUUCCUUCUGUGCUCCAGAGGCGAAUGGGUGUGCACGCUUUGUCGCAAUGUGGAGAAGCCAGAGGUUGCGUAUGACUGUGAAAACACACGUUUUAGCUACAGUAACACGCUAAUGCCAGCAAGAGUACUUUAUGGCCUUGACGACUAUGAUCAGAAGGUAAGUCCAGUAUCAACAGAAGCAUAUAAACAUGUUUGAGUAAUGUUUGAGCCCUCCUUCUUUUCCAAACAUGUACAUUGUCUCUUCAAUGUGUGCAAAUAUCCCAAGGAAAACUACACAGAAUAAAAAUGUGAAGUAAAAUACAGUAGACUCCAUCUACACUGAACAUAAGUCAGGACCAAAUUACACACCCCAGUUUUGGGGGCAGGGAGGGUGGAGAGGAUAGAGGGGGAAGCAUAUAGUUUAUAUCAAAAAUUUGAGAUUUUCUACAAUCCAGCGGUAUACAAAAUUUAUUUAAGAGAUUUUUAAAAAUUCAUAUAAUUGUUAUAAUGUUGGACUUUAGCAAUGCAAAUGAAACAGAAACUUGUGCUUUUCAUAAUGGUAAUAUAUGCUUAGUGAAAAUUAGCCAAGGGUUUCUCCAACUUUUGCAAGUAGAGAAACCUGAUUUAGAAUUGGGUGUGAGUGGAGUACUGAGAAAUAAAGUAUCUGGCCAAAAUAUCAACUAUUAAUGCAGGUAUUCAUAUAGUUCUUUUAUAACCAAAGUUAAUUUUAAAACUUACAUUUUACAGAAGUGUGAGAAACUUAUACUUUCACUGCUCUGCAACAACCUGAGUCUUCCAUUCCAUGAACCAGUCAGUCCUCUGGUAAGUGUUACCAGAAUUUAAUUUCACAUCUUUUUCCUAUGCUUUUCAGUAUGAAGGAAGCUUUGCUUGGUUAAAAAAAUGAUCUUAGGAACUCUCCAGAUGACCUGUUUAUUGAGCAUUCUUCCUGAUUUGCUUUUGGGGUAUUUAUAUAGUUAUUCAUUCAUCUCACACUUGUCAAUGCAUUUCCCCAUCACUUUCCUAACUGCAAAAGUCCAAUUCUUCUUCUUCUUCUAAAGUAGGUGUUGUACUAGGGUGACAGGGCCCUUUAAUCAAUUUUAACUGUGCAGACAUUAAGUUACAGUAUGUGCUUGAAUCUCUUGCUAAACAGUGACAGUCUGGAGGCACCCUCAGCUCAGAUGGUGGGCUACAGCUACUUUCUACUUCACAGUAUUCUUUCUCAGAAGUGUUCCACUUCUCUAGUUUUGUCACUAUAAUCAUAAGUAGAGUGCUAUUAUAUCUCUCUGUCUCUUCCCACCCAUUCUGCUGCCGCCCACCCUAAGCAGGAGAAGCUGAACUCCUUUAAUCUUAUCUCAUCAGAAGCCUGAUGUUUGUCAGUUAAGGAACACUGUACUUGGCUUGACUCACUGCAUCAUCUCACCAAAUGGUAGGAUGAGAAAACCCCUCACCAAAGUGUCCUGAGCAAGCAUUUCAGUCAUGGGAUAAGAUGAGGGGCCAGUAACUAGUUAGAGAACACAAAGCAGAGAACAGAAACAAAUUGACAAUUCUCACGUUGGAAGGAGGUACAGUAAUCACUGGGGUCGCUGGAGGAUCUGUACUGAGACCAGUCCUUUUAAAUUUACUCAUAAAUAAUCUAGAGUUAGUAGUGAGUGAUGAGGUGGCCAAGUUUGUGGAGAACACAAAAUUACUUAGAAGCACACAAAAAAAGAACAGUGAAGAGUUCUAAAAAAAUAAAAAUCUCCAAACCAGAACUGGCAUCAAAAUGAAAAAUACAUUCCAUUGUAAGUAAGUGUAAUUUUUUGCCCACUGUGCAUCACUGUACGUGUGUGUGUGCACACACGCUAAUAGUGUCUGAGCUAUCAAGGCUUGAGCAGGAAGGGAAUCAUAAGGAUGUGUUGAAUAGUUCAUUGAAAAUGUUGACCCAGUAAAUGCUGUGAAAAAGCCAUAUUCCAUGUUGGAAAGGAAUCUAAAAUAAAACAAUUCACAAUUAUUUACUACACGUUAAAGAGAAAAUUCAUGAACACAUUAAAUACAUCUACUUAGCAACAACCAUCAGGGACUGCUGAGUCAGAGAGUUGUCUCAGUAAUUUAACUGCCACUUCUCCAGAAAAAAAAUUGGUUAGAUUUUAGAUGAAGACAUUUCCCCUGCCUAAGCAGUCUCUGAUGGUUGUGUGUAAGCAGAUGUGUUUACUGUGUUUGUGAAUUUUCUUAUUUACUGUACAGUAAAUUGUGCACUUUAUUGUUAUUGUUAUGGUUAUGUUAAAGUUAUUUUGCAUAAUUAUGUAUAGCAUUGUGUUGUGAUGUUAGGGAUUUAUAAAUAAAAAUGUAUAAAAAACAAAACUGUGAAUCUAAAACAUAUUCAAGGUAGAAAAAACACUUGCCUACUUCACAGCAAUGCUUUUAGCUGUAAAGAAUGAUUGUGAUAUUUAUUUACAGGCUCGACAUUAUUAUCAGAUCAUCAAAAGGCCCAUGGACUUGUCCACCAUCCGGAAAAAGCUCCAGACAAAGAACAAGCAGCAUUACUCCACCGCUGAUGAGCUGGUAGCAGAUGUGCGCCUUAUGUUCUGGAAUUGUGCAACAUUCAACUAUGUAAGUUCUUGCAAUUCAGAAUUCACUGCAUCACCUGGGCAAAUAAUGUGGGCAGUGGCUAUACCUCUUCCUCUCUGAAUAUUUUUAUUUGGGCCUUGAUUCUUUAACCUAACUUUGAAUAAUCCCAACACAGGAUUGUCAAUUGGAUUUACAUAGUGUGAAAAAAUAGCAACCUAGAGAAAAGAUAGCAAGUAGCCACUAAUCAAAGGCAAUUUCUCAGUAGCCUGGACAAAAGAUGCAAAUACUACAAAUACUGGCAGUAAUUCUGGAGUGAGAGGCCACAAUAGGUGGUGCUGGAGAAUCUAUUAUUCUCUAUUACGUUACAUUCUCAUUAUCUUCAUUUACAGGAUCCUCUGCUUUGAAGGUUUUUCUUUUUUAAAAAAAUAGCAAGUUAUUUAAAAGGAAUGGACAGGAACCUGAUUUAUCAUCCUUGUCCAUGAUUAUUGUCACUCAUUGACUAAAUUGGCUGAUCCUUGCCUUUGUGUUGCCUUUGUCUGUUGCACCUGAACAAUGGCGAUAACAUACCAGGAAAACCUGCCUUCUGUGCUGGGGCUUUGAAAUAUUAUUUGGCUUGUCCUUAGAUAUUUGCUAUCAACAAAACUAAUUCUGUAGGGUUCAGCACCUUGAUCUUUUAGAGAAAUUUACUCACCAUUAAUAGGUAAUCUAAAAAACCUGAUUUUCCUCCCAAUAUCUGGUUUCCAUUUAUUUCCUAAUACCACUAAGAAGCUAGCCUUCCCAUGCUCACCCUUGGUUUAUUUAACAUUUUGGAAAGAUUCUUAUUCAAUGUAUAGUAUUAUUUAUUUUCACAUAGAAUUGCCUUGACCUUUCUUCUCACUCUGUGACGGACAAUUCUCCUGGGUGGUUGUUUUCUAUUUAACUGUAAAUUGUAUCAAUUCUUUAAAUGAUGAGUAUAAUAAUAAAUCAAGAGUUUCAUAGAUCUAGCAACAGAGAGAGCAUGUCUUACUAAGUGAACCACAUGCUGUCGUAACAAAUUAUGAUGCCUUCUCUUGCAGCCUGAUUCAGAGGUAGCUGAGGCUGGACGAUGCCUGGAAAUAUUCUUUGAAAGCAAGUUAAAAGACAUUUACCCAGAAAAGCAGUUCUGCUCAGUGCAGCAAGAUGACUCUGAUUCAGAGGAACAUGAAAAUAGUCAAGUGGCUCCCAAGGGAUUCCAGUGGCCCUCAUACAGACAAGAGUGUAUCCAGCCCAAAAGAAGGCGACGGCACGCUGUAAGAAUACAAAAGCAAUACAGAACAUAACAAAACUUGAUUGUUUAGUGGCCCCAAAGCUAAUUCUUUCCACAGCUUUUAAUAUAAAGCUUUGACAAUAUGCUUAGGGAUGUAUUAGUAAACUUCAGUCAGACCAGGGCGAUUCUUUCUUCAUGUUCAGUUGUGUAAACAGGUUAGCGCUUGAAGGUCUUGCAAGCUACCUAAUUAUUUUGCCAAGUAAAAUGCAAUGUGAAACAAUAUUUGAAAAGACCAGCUUCUCUAACAAUCUGCCCAUUUAUUUCCUUUGUACACAGGAAAGUGAAAAGACUAAAAGACCAAUGUUUUGGCCAGCUAAAGGUCUUUCUCAGGUGUGACGUGUGGAGUGCUGCAAAGAACAAAACAUCAAUCAAAAUAAGAUGUGCGUAAGAGGGGAGUCAGAAAAUGUCUCUUAAGAUAUUCCACCUGAACUUCAUAGCAGUGGUCAAUCAAUUUCAUUUUUAGAUCCUAUGGGGAGAUUACAUUUUCAGUGUAAUGUAAUUUUAAUAGGUAGUAAGACAGCUAUAUGCUGUCUUAACAAUUUGUGUUUACACUACUGUUUUGUCAUAUGCAAUAGUUAUUAAUAAUAAAAAUAGGACAUUUGAUAUGCUGUUCUUAAAAUUAUUUCAUAAAUUCUCAUCGCUUAAUAGAUUGUAGCUGGAAACAGCCAUCUGGCAACAUCACCAGUAAUUCCACACAUAUUUAUAGUGUCCAUUACAAUUUUACCAUAUGUGGCAGUGUCUUAAGCCUAUUGUCUCCUCUAGUGAAAAAAAUGAAUCCAAAAUUCAUCUGGUAUGAGUAUACACUGUUCCCAAUGCAACUUAUAGCCAUUGUUAUGUUGUCUUGCUAACAAAAUGUGGCAACCAAAGACCAAAUCUCUGGACAUCAGUUGAAGCAAAGCUUCCCAUGGAGUUAAGCAGAGAGUUCUUGGUUCUGUAUUUACUAGAAGACCAGAAAGUGAUGUGGAAAGAAAUAAAAUGAGAACUGCAUUCAGGAAUUCUACUCUUUAAUUCUAGAAAAGGAAAGGACCUCCCCUGCAUUGUUUUCAAUUCUCACUCAUAUAGGAUGAUUGUGCACCAGAAGUGGAUUGGUGCAACCAACAUGGGGAGCAGAGGGUGGGUGGAGUGAAGUUUGACUGUCCAUUUAAUACCAGCAGCUUACAUUAUACCUGUGUUCUCUUUAUGCUAAUCCCUUGUCUAUGUGUACUGCAAACGAAUAUAGGGUAAUUAUGAAGCCAGUCAAUUGCUGAAAUGUGCCUGGCUGCAUAGGAGUGAGACCGAUAAAGGGUAUUUCUGAGAUGCAUCAGUCUUGCUUUUUCAGAGCCUUUUUUCACCCUCCCACUUGAGCAGUAAAAUUUAAAAUGCGGAGGAAUCCCUUGCAGACAAGUUAUAGCAGAAGCUGAGAUACAGUUGUUUCACUCAGUAUAAUGCCUCAAGCUCUCAACCCCCAUGUCUUCUUUGAAUCAUAAGAGUUGGAAGGGACCCUGAGGCUCAUCUAGUCCAAGCCCCUGCGAUGCAGGAAUCCUGCCCACAGCUGUCCCUGGGUGGGUUCGAACCACCAACCUUCCGGUUAACAGCAGGAUGCACUGACCCACUGUGCCACACACAACACUCUGUGAAGCCUCAUCCAUAAUACAUCCCCUGCAGUCUCUCUUUAGCCUCAUUCCCAAUCCCAAUUGCUAUAUUGCUAGUUGGGAUCAGGUGUGAUUGCAGAUGGGGUGGGGUGGUCUUAGAUGUCCUGGUUUUCAUCUGACUCUUUAAAAGGAGAGUCAUUUUAACUCCCCCAAAGAGUAGUGAGUUUCCAGUUAUACUAGAUUUGCUGUAAAUGAAGAGAGUUUUUCAGUCUAUAUGAAUUUCUUGAAUAUGGUAUCCAUGGUUGUUAUAAUAGAGAACACGUUAAGCGAGAGUUUAUAGAAUUACUAGCCGCACCUGAAUAUUUUUUUCUGUUUUCAAUGUUAAUAUGGCUCAAAAUAAAUGCUGUAGAAAAAAGUUGUCUCUUUUCUUAUUGUAUAAUAAAAAAUCAUUG